AUGGCCAAGCUAUCCAAUUCACUCAAGGCGCUCAUCAACGCACCCUUUGCGCGGCCGGGUCCCACGCCCGCGCCAGCAAUCAUGAGGGAUGUCUUCUCUGCGAUUGCGCGCGACGCAGCGGACAAGAAGAUUGGCACGCGGCCAUGGCUAGCUAUAUCCGCAGCCGCAACAUUCACCCUCAACUCGCCGGACUCGCUGCCCAUUCUCCACGCCAUUGCAUCCCAGCAGGAAAACGAAGUCCAAGCCGCAGAGUUUAUACGAGAAGUAGGCCUCAAGUGCAUCAGCUUCAACGGCAUCCCCCGCACAAUCAACUGCCUGAACGCGUUUCACGCCUCCCUACCGAAACAUGUGACCGCUGAAUUAUCCACGACGCCGACGCGACGGGCGACGACGCAGAAUCUGGGGGAGAUUGCGAAGCGCGGCCGCCAGCUGUGGGACUCGAUAUACGCGCCGUUUGAGGAUAAGUUGGUUGAGAAGUUGGGCGUGGCGCAUCCAGAUCUGCCGGUUCAUAUAUUGGGGAGUCAUUAUGGGCCGUUGCUGGCGGAUCCGAAAGAACGGGAAGGGUUGGCGAGGACGGGGAGGGUGGUGACGAGUUUGGUGGCGGUUGCGUGUUUGAGGGCGCAGAGGGGGGUUGGGCCGCAGGUUUUGUCGCAUGUUUUUGGGUUGAGGAAGGGGUGGGAGGAUGGGACGUGGAAAGGGGAUGGAGAGGAGGAGGACGGGGAGGUGGUGGAGUGGUUGGUUGGGGAUGAGGGCGUGGAAUGGGUUUUGAGGACGGUGGAUAGGAUUGCGGAUAUUUUGGUGGGGAGUGGUGCGAGGGAGGUGAAGCUGUGA